AUGUACACUCAUUUUGAAACAUCAAAACCGAGAGAUUCAGCUGGGUUCCAGAAUUCACUGAUCGGGCUCAAUGACCAACGCAAGUCACCUUCAGCAGACGGAAGCUCAGUUUCCAUUAGGUACCGUAUCGUUAAACAGCAGGUUGAACUGUGUAGUGGCGAUGCAAGGGCUAUCUCUGCGGAUGAUCCCCUUUCCCAGAUAUGA